AUGAUUUUAUUAAUGAAGAACUUGUUCUUUUUUUCCAAAUCAAAUUUUGAACGUGCAAUUCCAAGUAUUAUGGAUGAUCUUAAACCUGAUCAAUGUAAAAUAAUAUUUGUUUGUUUUACAAAACAUUUAAUAUGUGAAAUAAAAGUUGAACAAAUUAGCUGUUUUCGUGUACCGGAUGAUGGUCAAUUAGAUAUAUGUUUAUAUGGUGGUGAUGGUGGUAAUGCAGCUUUUGCACAUUAUAUAUUUACUCGACUAAGUCCUCUUGCUUUAUGA